UCGCGAUCAAAAGCUUCGCCGAUAAGGAUAGUCACGUGUCCCGAAAUUAAUGUCCAGCGUCAGCUAUCGUUCUUUGACCGCGUGAAACGCUACUGCACACACGUCGACCGAGCACCGUUCCGUUUGCAACGGAACGUCGUAGAACGAGAAACCGGUUACAGCACCGUGUGCACUGUAAGAAGCGACCUCGUAGUUUGGAAUUUCACGGUAACCGCACGCAGUCUUCCUCAGACGGUGGCUUCGUGAACGUCAAGCGCCGUUCUUCUUUCUCCUGUCUUCCGGAACCGUUAUAGAAAAAUGGUGUGCGCCUGCCUCAUCACGAUCCUCCUAGUUCUCUAUAUGCUCUUCGACGUGAAUUACUUCCUCAGGAUCAUAUUCACGUUAGCCAUAGGCAGGCUACACAAGAAGAACAAGAUCUUCGACGUCACUACUAUCUAUGGCAUAUGCACGACGCAGGAUGUGGAUCUGUUUCUGAAACACAUGAACAAUGCGAGGUACCUUCGCGAAUUAGACUUCGCACGCUUUCAUUAUUACGAUCGUUCAGGAAUUUACGCUGCCAUUGCAAAGAGAGGCGGCGGCGCGGUACAAGGGGCAUCAUCGACGAGGUACCGUCGUGCCAUUCCCCUAUUGACACCGUACAAGGUGACCACAAAGCUGAUUUACUGGGAGGACAAGAACUUCUAUCUGGAGCACGAAUUCGUCAGUUUGACUGACAACUUUGUCCGCGCGGUGGUUCUCAGUAGACAAACCACCACUGGUUUGAAGAUUCCAGUGUCGGAAGUAAUCGCUGAACUGGAGCCAAACGCGCAACGACCCGAGAUGACCAAGGACCUCGAACUGUGGCUGAAGUCCAUGGAGGAGUCCUCCAAGAGAUACAAGAAGGAGAACUGAGGAUAAUCUCUGUCCAAUGCGUUAUACUAUCGUACAACUUUUUCCUCGUUAUGUACCAUUAAAGUGUUACGAAUACUUACACGAACAGUAUACCCUCUCUCGAUUUGCAUAAU